AUGUGGCCCUCUUGGCCUCCGAAGUUGAGUACCCCUGGUCUAGAGGGUCCCCAUGGUCUAGAGGGUCCACAUGGUGUCCCUGGUCCCAGGCCCUGGGCUCCCGGCCGUGUUCCUGCAGCACGGCCUCCUGGCCGCGGGCAGCAACUGGGUCUCCAACCUGCCGGCCUCCAGCCUGGGCUUCGUGCUCGCCGACGCCGGCUACGACGUCUGGAUGGGGAACAGCCGAGGAAACACCUGGUCCAGGAGGCACCGGAGCCUCGGGCCGGACCAGGACGCCUUCUGGGCCUUCAGCUAUGAUGAAAUGGCUCUGAAGGAUCUCCCAGCUGUUGUAAACUACGUCCUGAAGGUGACGGGUCAGAACCAGAUCCACUACGUGGGACACUCUCAGGGAACCACGAUAGCAUUCAUAGCGUUCUCCAAACUGCCAGAACUGGCCAGUAGGAUCAAACUGUUUGUGGGUUUGGCUCCGGUGGCGACCGUCAGCUUCAGCUCCAGCGCCAUGACCAAGCUGUCCCAGCUGCCCGACUUCCUCCUCUGGGACGUGUUUGGGAGGCGGGACUGCGCGAUGCUCGUUGAGUGGUUUGCGGAGCACGUGUGCACCGAGCAGCUGCUCAGCGAGAUGUGUGGGAACCUUUUCUUCAUCCUCUGCGGCUUCGACGAAAAAAACCUCAACAUGACUCGGAUUCCAGUCUACAUGGAACACUGUCCUGCUGGGACCUCGGUCCAGAACAUGGUCCACUGGGCCCAGGUAACACACACACACACACACGCGUCUUGGGCCUUUCAGGGCCGCCGACCCGGCACUUCAGGAAACAUGAAGCACUACAACCAGUCCACGCCCCCCCUGUACCGCGUCCAGGACAUGAAGGUCCCCACUGCUCUGUUUUCGGGGGGACAAGAUACGCUGGCGGACCCCAAAGACGUGGCGGUCCUCCUCACUCAGGUGUCCAACCUGGUGUUCCAUCAGGACAUUAAGCACUGGGACCACCUGGACUUCAUCUGGGGUCUCGAUGCUCCUCAACAGAUGUUCCCCUCCAUCCUCAAGCUGCUGCAGGAGUACCAGUAGAGUGUGUGUGUGUGUGUGGACCACGUGACCACGUGACCACGUGACCGGAGCUUUCUCGUCUUCUUCUUCACGUCUCUUACAACAGACCAGUUCCACAUUGUUGUUCUACUCUUAUUUUGAAAAUCCUGUGCAGAAGCCCAUUGAAUCUGCUCAGCUGAACUUUGAAUGUGUUGUUUUUAGCCACAUUAGCAUGUUAGCAUCGCCACAUAUUGAUCACAUUUGUAAAUAAUACAUUUGUUUGGCUUUAAAUCAAAUAAAGACCUGUCAAUCAACAGCAGCCUCCAAUCACAAGGCUUGCAUGGUGGUGGGCGGAGCUAAACAUUCUAUUUGUUCUGCUCAAUGAGAAUCUGAUUUUGAUUAAACUCAUGAACACAAUCACCGUUUUUAUUGAUAAAGUUUAUUUUAAAAAUAAUAAUCUGAAUUUUAAAUGUAUAAGAUGCUAAAGUUUAAUCUCCAGACAGAUUGUUUUGAUACUUUUACAGCGUUAAGUCUUUGUGCUAAGCUAGGCUAACGUGUUGUUAAACAUUCAGAAGACAUUUCAACAACAGCGUACAAAUAAAAACAUGUUUACAAUAA